GUACUUUUUCCUCCCCUGGUCAUUGCACACAUGUGCAAGGUUCUGACUGUGAAGGUAAUCUGAUUUUAGAAGAUUCCUAACUAAUCCGUUGAUCUGUUCUUCAGUUGAGUGGAUUAUUAAGUGGAUUACAGCACAGCAUUUAUAAUCUGAGUGAGAUCACUUCACUCUAAAGAUUUGUGUAUAGAUUAAACUUUUUGUACUUGGUCUAUAAAUCAGAUUAGGCACCUGAAGUCUCACAUAAUUUAAUAUGGAGGUUGGCUUUUUUUUUUUCUGUAGUAGGGGAAAACUUUACUGUCCCAGACUGGUGUUAAAACCCUUACGGUAGAUCAAUUUUGCACAGUUAUACUCCAGUUUGUGAUCUCUCUGCUUAGUCACACUGCAGAUGAGGAUCCGGUGUAACUGGCACACUAUAGCAGUGAAUUCAAACCAUGCUUUCUUUUUUGGAGUUUUUACUCUGCGCUAAACUCACACUGGUCUAUUGUAGUGAAAGUCACUUCUAUGGUCGCCUAGACGACACACAACACACCAUGGCAACGCUGAGAGAGUUUAGAGCCUUCUGGAGUUAACACAGCUCCUGCCUUGGGUUGUGGAGUCCUGGUGACAUUUUGACAGUAACGUAGAACACAAUGGGUUUUUCUUGUUUUUAUACCACAGCGCUAUUGACUUCUGGAUUCCAAUUGGUCAGAGGGCAUUGAUUGAUUUUCUAUAACCGUACCUCUGACUGUUCCGGCUGCAAAGCAACUCGCAGACCAGGCAUUCGUCACCUUGGCCACAAACGAUAAAUAUGCGAAAGGAGCAAUGGUGCUGGGGAAGUCCCUGAGGAACCAUAAGACCUCCAAGAAGCUGGUGGUGCUCAUCGGACCCCACGUGUCAGAACCGUCCAGGGCAGUGCUUCAGACGCUGUAUGAUGAGGUCAGGCUGGUGGACGUGUUGGACAGUGGGGACACCGCGCACUUGGUCAUGAUGCAGAGACCAGACCUGGGAGUGACCUUCACUAAGCUCCACUGCUGGACGCUCACACACUACUCCAAAUGUGUGUUUAUGGACGCAGACACGAUGGUGGUAGCGAACAUUGAUGAGCUGUUUGACAGAGAGGAGUUCUCAGCAGCUCCAGAUCCCGGAUGGCCCGACUGCUUCAACUCCGGGGUGUUCGUCUUCCGCCCCUCCAACGAGACCUACGGCAAACUCCUCGAGUACUGUACAGAGCACGGCAGCUUCGACGGUGGAGAUCAGGGAGUUCUCAAUGGGUACUUCAGUGACUGGGCCACAGCAGACAUCAGAAAACACCUUCCGUUUAUCUACAAUAUGAGCAGCAUAGCAAUCUACACUUACCUUCCUGCCUUUAAACAGUAUGGCGCAAACGCCAAGGUGGUGCACUUCCUUGGUAAGACGAAGCCGUGGAGCUACACCUACGACACUAAUCAGAGGAGAGUACGGGGGAACGUGCAGGAGGCCUCGUCGCACCCCGGCUAUCUCCUGGAGUGGUGGAGUCUUUACAGCAGCUGUGUGCUCCCCCUGAAGCACCAAGAACAUGGUGAAGAGCCUUUCGAGUUCAGUGUUCAGCAGGAGGAGUUUCAGCCUCAGGCCCUGCCCGGCCCGCCUCCUCUCUCCUCAGCCGAGCGUAAACAGCGCUGGGAACAGGGCCAAGCCGACUACAUGGGAAUGGACUCUUUUGAGAACAUCGAGAAAAAGCUUGCUGCUUUCCUUAAAUAAAGAAGAGGGGGUGGGGGAUCGACAUUGUAACAGGGUUCUUUACGGUUUUUGAGUGAUGGUUUUGAAACGCGAGUAGAUCCCAUGACUACAGUGUCACCCUGACUGGUUUUCCUUCAGCUAUGCAGAACGGUCACUGCAGCGUGCCAACCUCGACACCAAUUUUCUUUCUUAAAACUUUUGUACACUCUGAAACUGGUAUUCAUUUUUGACUUCAUGCUCUUCACCCAAAAAAAAAAAAAAAAAACCCUAGAUAAACUUUUCUUUAUAUUCCAGGUAGUCAUGUUUAUAAGUGGAGCCGAAUGCCGCUGUUUACACCGAGGAGGUGACGCUUUAAUGGCACCGAUUUCCGAGACGGCGUUGUUUUUAAUUCUCACACGCAUGCGCACACACCAAUGAGAAGUCUUUAAGUACGACGCCCAUCACAUGACUCGCUCUCGUCAUCGCUCAGUAGUUACAUCUGUUCAAGCACUUUAAAUAGAAAGCACUUAGACUUGAACUUAGGUGUUUUUUUUUUGGCUUGGUCACAAACUGUUGCCUUGGUUUCGCUCAGUGUUUACGGUUGAUCACAGUAAAAUCUGAGCUUUCAUGCACUUAAGUCUAUAGUUCUGCGCAUUGUGAAUGUCUGCAUUAGUUCGUGUCCACAUAGUGUGAGGUGGAUGCUCUUCACCUCACCUGUUGCUGCUGUCUUCUCUCUCAGUGCAAGUGUCUUACAUUUUCAUCUGCACAAUAAACAUUGAGAUUGUUAAA